AUGAGUAUCAUUGCUUGGAACUGUCGUGGUCUUGGGUCAGAUGCGACAGUUGGUGAACUUCGCUUUUUGGUGAAGAAAUUUAGACCUGCCCUCCUCUUCCUCUCUGAAACGAAGAUGUGGGAUAAGAAAGCGAAAGGAUUCAUGUGGUCUUUGGGCUAUACUGGUUCUUUUGCGGUUAGUUGUGAGGGUCGCAGUGGCGGCCUUGUACUCUUUUGGAAGCAACCAUACUCCGUGCCACUUGGUGGUUUCAACUCACAUUGCAUUGAUGUGACAGUGAAGACCGAUGAUGCGGCGCCGUGGUUUGCUACCUUCGUCUAUGGUGAGCCGAGGCGUGAGCAUCGGCACAUCUUCUGGGAUCUUCUCCGUCGCCUGAGUCAGAACCGCCGCGGUGCAUGGAUUUGCUGUGGGGAUUUCAACGAGGUGCUCUGUCAUGAUGAGCAUUAUGGCGUGAGGGAUAGAUCUGAUGCUCAGAUUGAGCUGUUCAGGGAUUGCAUGGAUGCAUGCAGUCUCUCUGAUAUGGGUUUCUCAGGCCCCAAAUUCACUUGGUGCAACCGUCAGGAUGCGCAAAGUAAUGUCAGGGUUCGCCUGGAUCGAGCAGUCAGCAAUGUUGACUUUGCCACACGGUUUGUGGACUGUCAUGUUGAGAAUGUGAUUACAACAACCUCUGACCAUUACGCACUUGUCAUUGAUUUUGUGGCCAGUGCAGUGAGACAUGAGCAACGCCAGGUACAUCGGCCGUUUCGGUAUGAAGCGGCAUGGCGGCGAGCAGAUGACUACCAUGCGACAGUGGAGGAAGCGUGGGCCGACCGGCAAGAUGGGCCGAAUCCCUUGCAGUCCACCUGGUCGACAUUGGUUCAAAUGGCUGGUUCCCUCCAAACUUUGAGCAGGGAGGUUUUUGGAUCAGUUCGGAAGAAAAUCCAUCAUUUGGAGAAGAAGCUCCGUCAGUUGCGUGAGUCAGCGAUCAGUCCUGAGGUGUUGGCUGAGGAAAGGAUGAUUGAGCAGCAGCUGUGUGAACUCUUCGAGCGUGAGGAGAUCAUGGCCCGGCAGAGAUCACGAGUCGAUUGGUUGCGUGAGGGUGACCAGAACACGGCGUUCUUCCAUGCCCGUGCAUCGGCAAGGAAAAAAACCAACCGCAUCGAUGUAUUAGUGCGGGAGGAUGGGUCUAAGUGUGAGGACCAACAUGGGAUCAAAGGCAUGGUGCAUUCCUUCUAUGAAGACCUCUUCACCUUGGACCCCUUUCUGUCAAUGGAUGAGGUUCUGGAUGCAAUACCUGUCAAGGUUGAUGACACUAUGAAUGCGUCUCUAUGUGAGCAGUACUCUAAUGAAGAAAUCAAAGAGGCUCUCUUCCAAAUGGGUCCGACAAAGGCGCCGGGGCCCGAUGGCUUCCCAGCUCUGUUUUACCAAACACACUGGGAGCUUAUUCAGAAUGAGGUGUGCAAUGCAGUUCGGGGCUUUCUGAACGGGGUGGAAAUUCCCGAUGGCUUCUGCGACUCAGUUAUUGUCCUGAUUCCAAAAGUAUCAAGGGCUAAGCAUCUAUCCAAGUUCAGACCCAUCAGUCUUUGUAAUGUCCUUUACAAGCUAGCUUCAAAGGUUCUAGCAAACAGACUGAAGGUGUUGCUCCCGGAUAUUAUCUCGGAGUACCAAAGUGCUUUCGUUCCUGGCCAUCUUAUAACAGACAGUGCCUUGGUGGCCUAUGAAUGUCUCCAUACAGUGAGGAAACAGAGGAACAAGAGCCCCUUUUUCGCGCUGAAAAUCGACAUGAUGAAGGCGUAUGACCGCAUUGAGUGGCAGUACUUGCAUGGCUGUCUGUCCAAGUUGGGUUUUGCGGACAGUUGGAUUACAUCAGUUAUGAGAUGUGUGACUACAGCGAGAUAUGUUGUCAAAGUCAAUGGGGAGUUAACUCCUCCAGUGGUGCCGUCGAGAGGGAUCCGCCAAGGCGACCCUAUCAGCCCCUAUCUAUUUCUUUUGUGUACUGAAGGACUGUCGUGUUUGCUGCAGAAGAAGGAGGGCCUUGGAGAGCUACAUGGUUUGCGAAAUGGCAGGCAAGGUCCCCCUAUAUCCCAUUUACUCUUCGCCGACGACAGUAUCUUCUUUGCUAGAAGUGAUAGUAGGAGUGUGAAUUCCCUCAAGGAUGUGCUUAAUAAGUACUGUGCUGCAUCUGGACAGAGGAUCAAUCUCCAGAAAUCCUCGGUUUUCUUUGGACACAAGUGUGUGGACAGUGUCAAACAUGAUGUGAAAGUGGCGUUGGAAGUGUCUAACGAGGUCCUACAAGAUUCAUACUUGGGUAUGCCAACGGAGAUCGCACGAUCGGCCAAGGGUUCAUUCAAGUUUUUGUCUGACCGAGUUUGGAAGAGUGUGUCUGGGUGGUCCGAUCGACCGCUCUCAAGGGCUGGCAAAGAAACUAAGCUAAAGUCAGUCUCACAGUCCAUUGCUAAUUAUGUCAUGAGUUGCUUUCAGGUUCCUGUCGGUAUCUGCAACAAAAUGAAGACACAUGUGGCCAAUGACCGGUGGGGUUUAGAAGAUGGAAAAAGGAAGCUUCACUGGCGCUCGUGGGAUUGGUUAACGAUGCCUAAGUCUCUCGGUGGCAUGGGGUUUAGAGACUUUGUUCUCUUCAACCAAGCGAUGCUUGGAAAGCAAGCUUGGCGGCUACUGACUGAGCCGACGUCCCUGUGUGCAAGGGUUCUGAAGGGACGAUACUUCCCUGACACUGACUUCUUGUCGGCUGUUAAACCCCGUUCCUCCUCAUACACAUGGAGGUCAAUUCUCUUUGGACGUGAUCUGCUGGUACGGGGCCUGAGCUGGGGUGUUGGAAAUGGGGAACGGAUCAAUGCCUUGACAGAUUCCUGGGUGCCCGGUUAUAGGGCUGGUUCUUUUGCGACUGUCAAGCAUCUGCCGGUGGAGACCAAGGUGGAGUUUUUCCUCGAUGAUUCUGCCAAAGUCUGGGACAUGGACAAGGUCUAUGAGUUCUUCUAUGAGCCAAUGGCACGGGUGAUCCAACACAUACCAGUGAGCAAGUUUGGAGGAGACGACUAUGCCACUUGGGAGCAUACAAAGCUGGGACAGUAUUCAGUGAGGUCUGCAUAUCGGCUGGCUCGGACUGAACGUGUCCUAGCAAAACGGGCGGCUGGGCGUGGCGGUAGCUCCGAUAUGCCUCGCGAGGAGAAGGCGUGGAAGUCUAUCUGGGCUAUAACCUGCCCGGACAAGAUGAAGAUUGUCCUCUGGAGAAUGGCGCAUGACUGUCUUCCCACUGGCGUUCAGCUUCAGAGGCGCAACAUACCAGCUGAGGACAGGUGUGUGUUCUGUGGUCGUUUGGAAACGGUGGAGCAUCUGUUUCUUUUCUGUCCUAUGGCCUCUGCGGUGUGGUCAGCAGUGAAGGAGUCUGUACCGAUCUGUUUGGACCGGAGGUCCUUCUCUGGCAUGAAGUCUUGGCUCUUUCAGUUUACUGCCCGAGCAUCGAAACUUCAAGCUACAACUAUGGCGGUCACCGCGUGGCAUAUAUGGGAGGCACGCAACGAUGAGCGACAUGGUGUUGUGGCUUUGUCUCCGCAAAGAAUGGCUGGCAAAAUUGCAGUCUAUGUCGAUAAUAUUCAGCAACAUUGUUUCAAAACCAAGAUGGCUACAAGGUGUGAUUCCUCCCCACCAGUUCGUUGGAGUCCGCCGCCGGCCGGGAAGUUUUGUGUCAAUGUGGAUGCUGCAAUUUUUAGGGACGAGAAUCGCUUUGGAUGGGGCGCGGUGGUUCGUGAUCAUCUAGGCUCUGUCAAGCUCACAUACAGUGAAGGGAUGGAGGGCAUGGUCUCACCUGAAUUGGCGGAGGCACUGGCUGUUCGUUGUGCCUUGAGAGUCACGCGAGACAAUGGCUUUGGGUGCAUUGUUCUUGCCUCUGAUUGCCUUUCGGUGAUCCAAAAAAUCAAGUCAAAGACGACGGAUCGUUCUCAGGUUGGCUCUGUUAUUGGCGACAUCAAGCGCCUGGCUACAGAGUUCGACUGCUGUGUGUUCCAACAUGUUGGACGCAGGAUCAAUGGCGUGGCGCAUAAGUUAGCUCGGAGUAGUGAGCAGGGUGUGUGUAAUCUUUCUUUUGGUGUUGUUCCGGAGUACAUCCGGGUGCAGGCGGUGGUGUGCAUCGCCAGCCUCUACGCGCUCGCUAGGGACCACGCCGGCCGGCUCCCCAGUGUCGCCGCCGUCGACUCGGCCGUCUACGGUGUUAGCUGCUUCGUCUCAGGAUGUUUCCGCGACCUCCUUUGCGCGCCUGCGAGGUAG